AUGUCGAGCCAUGACUCCCUGGUACUCAAGACUAUCGUAUCCACCUCGAGGAUCACAUUUGGACUGUUACCGGGACUUGGUGCUAUGAUCCUAGUUCGCAUGGCCAUACAUCUGUAUCGGCCCGAUAUCGAAGACGCUGAAAAUCGCGUCAGACCCGUCGAUCAUCUUUAUGAUUGCUAUGACUUCAUAAUAGUAGGCGGUGGUUCAGCCGGAGCAGUCCUUGCUAAUCGUCUGUCAGAAAAUCCUGACUGGAAAGUGCUACUGCUAGAGGCCGGACAAGACGAAAACGUAUUAUCAGAGGUCCCAGUGCUAUUCCCAGUGUUACAAACGUCAUCUAUAGAUUGGCAAUUUGUUACUGAACCCAGUGAUCAGUAUUGUUUAAGCAUGGUUGACAAACGAUGCAAGUGGCCCAGAGGCAAAGUGCUUGGUGGAUCCAGUGUACUCAACGCAAUGUUAUACAUACGAGGAAACAAACGUGAUUACGACAGCUGGGCAGCCAUGGGCAACGUUGGGUGGUCUUACGAUGAUGUGAUGCCGUACUUCCGAAAGUCAGAAGAUAUGACAAUUCCUGAAUAUCAGGAAGAUCCGUAUCACAGUGUCGGAGGUCCCCUGACAAUUGAGUAUUUUAACUACGAGCAACCAAUAACAAGAAAAAUUUUAGAAGCUGGCGCACAACUUGGUUACAGUAUCAGAGAUGUCAACGGUGAAUAUCAAACUGGAUUUACAAGGUCCCACGCUACAGUACGAAAUGGUCUUCGAUGUAGUACUGCUAAGGCCUUCCUCCGACCAGCAGCGAAGAGAAAGAACCUUCACGUCAGCGUUCAUUCGUUAGUUGAAAAAGUGCUUAUAGAUGAACACAAGAGAGCCUACGGAGUAAUGUUUUCAAAACAAGGGCAUUCGCAAAUCGUAAAAGCAAGUCGAGAAGUCAUACUAUCAGCUGGAGCAAUUCAAUCCCCUCAAUUACUGAUGUUAUCUGGUAUCGGUGAUGCAGAACAUUUAAAGGAACUUGGAAUUUACCCUAUAGUGAAUCUCCCAGGAGUAGGGAAGAAUCUUCAGGACCACAUAGCUAUGGGCGGCCACUCCUUCUUGUUCGACAAUCCUUACAACAAUGGUACUGACUACUGCUUCAAUAUCAACAAUGUCAUGGCUGUUCCAGCUUUAAUAGAUUUCUCCGUUCACAAUAGUGGUCCUUUCUACAGCAUGAUGGAAGCGGAGGCUAUGGCAUUCGUCAAUACCAAGUACCAGGAUCCAGCCGAUGACUAUCCCGAUAUUCAGCUGUUUAUUGCUCCGACAGCGGACAAUAUGGAUGGUGGAUUAUUUGGAAAAAGAGCUAACGGUUUGACAGAUGAAACGUAUGCACAACUGUAUGAAGAUAUUUUGUUCGACUCAUCUUUCUCAAUAGUGCCUUUACUCUUAAGACCAAAGAGUCGGGGGUAUUUGGAAUUAAAAGACGCAAGCCCAUAUUCACCACCACGAAUUUAUCCCAAUUAUUACUCGCAUCCAGAUGAUGUGAAAACAAUGGUGGAAGGAGCCCGUAUAGUUCAAGAGUUGGUGAGCCAGCCAGCUUUGCAGGAACUGAACGCUCGUCCGAAUCCGCGGCGUAACCCUGGCUGCGCGGCUCACGAGCUAAUGUCAGCGGAGCAUCUGGAGUGCCAGGCUCGCCACCACUCGCUUACCAUCUACCACCCCGUAGGGACCUGCGCGAUGGGACCUGUACAGAACUACGAAGCUGUCGUCGACCCCAGAUUACGAGUAUACGGCAUCAAAAGUCUACGAGUCGUGGACGGUAGCAUCAUGCCAAAUAUCGUCAACGGCAAUACUAAUGCCCCAAUUAUCAUGAUUGCCGAAAAAGCUUCCGAUAUGAUCAAAGAGGACUGGGCAGACAGCUAUGAACAACCCCUCUGCAACACCGAUUACAAACUUAAAGAAGCUAAGAGUUCCGAAGCCGAAGCAACUACACCUACUGUCACGUCUCAAUCGACAAGACCAGAUAUCUUCAACGAAACAGCCAAUCUUUUUACGUAUUUUUCAGUUCACCGAAAACCGAAUUCCACGGCUAAAAGUACAAAACCAAAAGAAACCGAAAAAGCAAAAGACAACAUUCCAUUACUGACGCGAGAAUACGAAACCAAGUAUAAGGAAUUGAUACCAGUUUCAGAAUAUCCACCAGAAAAUCCAUAUAGAGUGGAUAUACCUAUCAACAAGGCAAACCCUCAUUAUUCAGAUAUGAACCCAUAUUACGCACCACCAAGUUACGUUAUACCCCCAUAUCCAUAUUAUUACUUUCAAAAUCAAGUGGUUCCUUAUGAUAUUAACAUCCAGACUAAGCAGAAGAAUUUUAAGCCUUCUAAAAAAGGUAACUCGUAUUCUAAAUCCAAAAAUUCAAAAUAUCCAUUUACCAAUCAUAGACCAGCGUAUGAUUUUGACAAAGGAUAUGAAAACGAAGAGCCUAUAUUGUUUGAAACAAAAGAACAGGCGACAUCUAGUGGCAAGAAAUGCAAGGUUUGGUUAUACUAUAAUGGAAUGAAAUAUGAAGUCGUUGUUUAA